AUGGCUGACAUGGACGAGGAAAUGUCAGAGGACACGCUCCCCCUUCGGCAGGACCUCACUUGCCCCGUGUGUCAGGGCAUCUUCCAGGACCCCAUGUUGUUGCCGUGCACCCACAGCUUCUGCCGGGAGUGUCUGGAGAGGAGCUGGCAGGUCAACAAGAAGUGUCCGGUGUGCAGAAACCCGUCUGACGAGCGACAGGCCAUCCCUAACCGCGCGCUCAACGACGCCUCGGCGAGCUUCCUUCGGCAGAAGCGAACCGCCCCGAGCGGAGCCAAUGACGAAGAAAUUGUCUGUAACCUCCAUCUGAAGCCGCUGGCGCUUUACUGUGAGAAGGACGAGGAGCCAUUGUGUGCGGAUUGUGUGACCCAGCACAAUACACACCGACUGUGGUCGCUGAAUGAUGGCACAAGCAUCUGUAAGAAGGAGCUUGGCUACAAAGUCCAGAUUUUUGAAAAGAAAGUGGAAUCAUACAAAAAAAUGACAAAGAAUUUCAACAAUGCAGUGGAAUAUAUCAAGUAUCAGGCUGGAGAAGCAGACAAAAUUAUCAGGGCAGAAUUUGAAAGGCUCCACAAGGUGCUUUAUGCUGAAGAAAAAAGGCGUCUAAGUGAUUUGGCCAUUGAGGAGGAGGAGAAGAUCAAAUCCAUACAAAGAAUGAAUGAACAGAUGCAAAAGGACAUUGUUAAUAUAAAACAGCUCAUAGAGUCUCUGAAGAAAGAGAUGGGCAAUGAGGAUCUGCCACUUCUGCAGAAUUUCCAAAAAAUAAAAAGACAAGCCCAGUGGACUGAACCUGAGCCUGGCUUUGUGUUUGACUCGCUUAUGAACAUGGGCAAACACGUUGGCGCUUUGAGCUACAACAUAUGGAAGGACUUGAAAGCUCAUGUCCAGUAUUACCCAGUUGUACUAGACCCAAACUCAGCCUCUCCAUGGCUCUCCUUGAAUGCUAGUCUCACCACUGUGAAGGAGAGCUCAGAGCGGCUGACGGUUCCUGAGAACGCAGAGCGCUUUGAUCCGUGCGUCUUUGUCCUCGGUGCUGAAGGUUACAGUUCUGGCAAAUACAAGUGGGACAUCAUCGUUGGUAACAACCCCAAGUGGAUUCUGGGAGUGUGCAAAGAGACUGUGGCUCGUAAGAAGAAGUUUACGCUCUCAACAAGUCGUGGUGUGUGGGCCAUUGGCCUGAGUAAAGGAGUGUAUACCGCCUUCACUGCACCAGAGCGGACAGAGCUAGUCGUGUCGCAGUGUCCUGAAAGAAUUCGCAUCAAGCUAAAUAUAGAAAAGGGAGAAGUGUCAUUUUGGGAUGGGGGGAGAGAAAUUCACUUGGUCACUCUCUCACAUAAGUUUGAAGAUAGGUUGUAUCCAAUUUUUGGCCCUGGGCUUCAUAAUACUCCUAUGAUUCUGGCUCCUGGAAAAAUGGCUGUGCACACGUCAUAAAACAUUUCACAAAAAGAGGCUUGUUUACCUGAAGCUGAAUAGUUUAAAAUAAAUAUUCAAACUUUUUUUUUUUUAGCAAGAAACAACUUGCCAGCUCAACAACACUUUACCAAAUAG